AUGAAACUUUCGAGGGCUUAUCUCGCGGUCGGGGUGCUCUUGGGGAUCGUCUGCGUCCUGGAGGCCAACGUUGCCCACAGGCGCCACAAGCACCAAGCCAACAACGAGGUUCACGACGUGCAGGGGGAGACGGACAGGGAACACAAGCUGCUGAUCGAGUGCCAGCACGAGGACUACAGGACGUACAUCAAGUGCCUGAAACGCGAGAAGAGACAGCACACCGAUGGGCUAGGAGGCCUGAAGCGCAACUGUCUGAACGAGUGUUUUGAGACGAACUGUACGACGAGCGCCUGCAUCCAGGACUGUUACAAGCGCUGUCGGACGAGGCUUACCUAUCGGGAAGUUGUGGAGACGAUCUACGACUGCAACGGCGAGGAGUGCAAGACUGGCGGAAGUGGUGCUGUGGUGCCCAACAUCACCACGAACAUCCACAUCCACAACAUCCUGCCGAACGUGACCAACUGUACGGACAAAGCGUCGACGACCUCCCAGGGACCGACGUCCAGAGGGGGAGGAGGAGGAGAAAGAGGAGGAGGCACUGGGGGUACCACUACUGGAGAAGGGCAUGGUCCAAUCGCAGGAUUGCCCGGUGGGCAGAACUACAGUAUACCCAGGAUUGACAUUCAUAACGAGAUCAAUAACCACUAUGGAUCGCGGGACCAGGACUGCCCGUGUCCUAACACUGGAUGCAAUUGCAACAGCAACAAUAAUUACCCGUACAAUCCAUGGCAAGCCAUGCCUCAAAUAACCAUUGGUUUUGGUGCUGGACCAGUUGGAGGCUGCAUGUACCCGUGGCCGUGUUUCCCAAAAUAUCCACAACCGCAGCAACCAUCGAUCGACUGUUCCAUGUGCUUCCUCUAUCAAUACAGAUGCGACCCUUCCUGUUUUCCAGGACACAAUAAUACGCAGAGCACCACUACUCAGAAACCUACGCCAUAUUCAUAUCCAGCGAGGAGACAACGCAAGGAAACCGAAUAA